AUGGGUGAUGGUGAUGGUGAUGGUGAUCCUGAGGGUGAGUUGCCAGAAGGCGACAAUGGCGAGGGUGAUCGUGAAAAUGGCGAAGAAGACUGCAUAGCUGGCAAGGGACAAUGUCCAAUUCUCGAGGGAGAGUCACUUGGCAAGGGAGAACCAGAUUUGUUUGUGUCUCCAAUCUCCGUUGGUCUAGUGAUUUUAAUUGGAGCUGUAAUAAAAGAAAAGACUAUGAUCUUUAAUGGAGUUGCAGGGUUAGUUGCAAGAUCUUGUAGUAUGGUUGUAGGAGAGUUUGUUUCAGUUUACUCACAAUAUUACAUAGAAAAGGCACAAAUGAAGAGAGAGUGUAGCAUUGAGAACAUGGGAGUCGAGGAGCUAGAUGCUGAGAAGGAGAAAUUGCCAAACUCUUGGUAUUAUGGAGCGUCAGUAGACUCAGCACUUUCAUUUUUAGUGGGAGCUUGGGUACCGCUAAUAGGGGCAAUACUUGUAAAGGAUUAUGCAAUGUGGGUAGGGUUGAUAAUAGCGGUUGUAAGCUUUGCCUUGUUAAUGUUUGGAGGGUUAGGUUUUUUUCUUGGGAAGGCACCAAUUGUGAAGUACUCGUUAAGGUUGUUGAUGGGGAGCUGGAUGGCUAUAGGAGUUACUUAUGGCUUAACCAAACUUGUUUGCUUUGCUGGAUUCUAA